AUUUUCUUUAGAAAAGAAUAUGCUGGAUGAUAUUUCUAGUUCUAAGAGCAUUUUAGAGUAAGAUCUUGGGCCUGAAAAUUAGUCUCAUUUCUUAGAAAAGUAUUUUUAUGACUUGAUUACUGAUAAUUGUGAUCAAAUAUUAACAAAUACUUUGUAUAGAACCUUAAUAGAGCAAAUUUAAGAUAAGAAAACUUUAGAAACAAUCUUAAGCAGAUAUAUUUAAGAAUAAAUUGAUUUGUAAUAUCGUUAAAAGAUUCAUUCCAAAUACUUUUUUGCAAAAUCAGCUGUUUCUUUUAAAAAAUUAAUCUAAUAAUUUAAGCAAUUAUUAGUUCCAGAAGAAAAUGUUAGUCAGACUAGUAGCACAUUAAGUUAAUCAAUUGAAAAAAAAAAUAAAGGUGGAUUUCUUCAAAAUUCAGAAUUCAUAGAACUCUAUGAAAACGAAUAUUUUAAAGAUUUUGGAGAAUUAAACAAAGGAGAAUUAAUCUAUAUAGAUGUUAGGUUUCGUAUUACAAAUUCAUAAUUAAAAGAAGAAUUAUACAAAAUAAGAUCUCAUAUCUUAAAAUAAUUGUUAUAUUAAACAAGCACUGAUGAAAAGUAAUUAAUAUCUUUUGAUAUAGUUUCUUUUAAACAUUUAAUGAUUAUUAUAAAUAAAAAACAAUCACAGUCCUUUUGUUUGUUAAUGGAGAUAUUAAUUUUGAUUAUGAAAAGUAUUUUGAUUUAAAGGAAUUAUAUGUUGGAUAGAAAAAAUUCUAAAUUAAAUUGAAAGUAAGUUCUAUAUAUAUUUUAAAGGUUUGUUAUAUUUCAGCAAAUAGACUAUAUUCUAAUUUUUGUAUUUAAAACAACAUUAUAAGUCAUACUAUCACUUAAUAGAAUAUGGCAUUUUAUGAAUUAAAAAGAUAUGGAUAAUGCAAAGUAAUUAUCAAUAAAACUAUUGGGGAAUUAAGAAAAAUGAAAUAAAAAGCAAAUUAUAGUAUUUUUAAAGACUAUAAAUUUUAUGUUUUGAUUGGAGGAAUUGCAACAGUUGGAUUAUUAUGGAAUACAUUUUCUAAACAGCAGAAUAAAAAUGUUGGAAAAUUAUUGAGAUAAUCAUGA